UGUGUUCUCUCUCCUUCUAUAUCUAUCUUCUGUAACUUUCCACGGAGCAUAUAAUCCCCUCCUCAUCCUCUCAAAUUUUCAUGAUGUUGAUCGUUGUUUAUUUGUUAUACUUCGGAGGAUACAUAGAUUACCACUGUACUAUCUAAUCUCAUAUGCGAAAUCAUUUGCGAAAUGGCAAGAUAUCAGUUUAGUUAUGGAGACGACGAUGAUAGCAGUUCUGAGAGUGAGACCAAUUCAGCACCACCAUCAUCAUCAUCAUCAAAACCCCCUUCUCCGACCACCCAGCCCAACAGCCAAUCUAGCAAACCACUCACAUGCACCAGCCCUCCAUCCCCCUCCCUCAACCUCCACAGUCAUCUCCACCCCCUCUUGAUAUUCACAGACGAGAAACCUACCUUUCCCCGUCCACAGCCCUCCAACAACCCCGACUACCCAUUCACAAUCGGCCGAGACCGCCACCGCACCCCCCAAACAACUAACCUAUUCGAAAAAUGCUCUCAAACCGUCUGCCCCCCCUCCACCCCCAUCCUUCCACCCACCCUCCAAAACUCGCAUCCCCCUUCCGCAAUCCCUCCCAAAACCAGCACGAGCCAAUCUCACCCCAACACUCUCACUCUCCCCCUCUCAAAUCUCCACCUCCAUCUCCACCUCCACCUCCACCUCCACCCUCAUAACCCACCUCGCCCACCUCUCCCACCAAGUCUCCACUCUCACCUCCUCCCACCGCACCAAAAGCGCGGAACUGCACGCCCUCCAAACCCUCUACACCUCACAAAAAUCCUCCCAAAAAUCCACCACCGCAUCCCUCCAAAAACUACCCGCGCACUAGAGAAAAUGAUGGAUUCCACAACCUGGUAUCGAUCAGUGAUCGAGACGCAGGAGCGCGAGAUCUCCGAAGCCGAGACGAAGAGACAAGAAGCCGAGAGGAAAAGUCGGGAAAUGGAAGAGAAGAUAGAGAAUCUGCAGCGGGAAAUUGAGCUGUGGAGAGUAGGGUGGGAGGAGAAUGAGAGGAGAGCUGGAGGAUUGUGA